UCGCACUAUACCUUUGUAUAACUUCUGAACCUUAUCCAAGAGAAGUUAGAGUGAAGAGCCGCUCAUGGGAGACCAACACAAAAAAAGUGGUUCCUUCUCUCUGCAGCUUUGUGUUUUGGGUUUUGCUUGUGUGUUGCUGUCUUCAGCGGCGGUGGCGGCGGCUGAUGAUCAGCUUAAAGAGCAGGAGAGGGACAGGAUCAUCAAGCUGCCCGGGCAGCCAGCAAACGUGAACUUUUCUCAAUAUUCUGGCUACAUUCCCGUGGACCCACAAGCAGGCCGGGCUCUGUUUUACUGGUUGAUAGAGGCCCCCGCUAACAGAGGCCCCUCAUCAAGGCCGCUCGUUUUGUGGCUCAAUGGUGGGCCAGGGUGCUCCUCUGUGGCCUACGGAGCCUCCGAGGAGGUGGGGCCCUUCCGGGUAAGGCCGGACGGCAAGACUCUUUCUUUGAGCCCGUAUGCUUGGAAUGCAGAGGCGAAUUUGCUUUUCCUUGAUUCACCAGCAGGUGUAGGAUUUUCCUACACAAAUACUUCGGAAGAUAUAUACACUGUUGGCGACCAAAGGACAGCAAAAGAUGCCUACACAUUUCUGGUUAAAUGGUUUCAGAGAUUCUCUCAGUACAAGCACAGGCCAUUCUACAUUGCUGGAGAAAGCUAUGCAGGUCAUUACAUUCCUGAGCUUUCUCAAAUUAUAGUCCGGGGAAACAAGGGAAUCAAGAAUCCUGUCAUUAAUUUCAAAGGCUUCUUGUUGGGGAAUCCACUUAUUGAUGAUUAUUAUGAUAAUAUUGGGACGCACGAGUAUUGGUGGAACCACGGGCUGAUAUCUGAUGCCACGUACGAAGCGCUAAACAAGUCGUGCCGAGACGACACGUUUUUAUUCCCGCGCGAUGAAUGUAACGCUGCUCUUUCUCAAGCCAUCUCGGAGUUUGGAAACAUCAAUCCCUAUUCCAUUUACACCAAGCCCUGCUAUGACGACGGUGGUUCAACCCAUAAUGUCAAGCUUCCACUGCCAUGGACAUUUAGAGGGAGAGAUGAUUGUGUCGUGAUGUACACAAAAAAAUACAUGAAUAGCACAAGCGUGCAAUUGGCUUUUCAUGUCAACCUUUCUCGGGCUCCUCAUCCUUGGCUAACUUGCAGUUAUGCAGUAAGGAAUAAUUGGACAGAUUCUCCAAAAUCCAUGCUUCCAAUCUUUAAAGAACUUAUAGCAGCUGGUAUCAGAAUAUGGGUCUACAGUGGUGACACCGAUGCCAUUUUGCCACUAACGGCAACUCGAUAUUCCAUCAAAGCUCUGCGGCUCAAGACCGUCACCAACUGGUACGCUUGGUACGACAACCAUCAACAGGUUGGAGGGUGGAGCCAAGUAUACAAGGGUCUGACCUAUGCGACGGUGAGGGGAGCAGGGCAUGAAGUUCCAAUGAGUCAGCCCCGGCUCGCACUAAUACUGUUCACUCAUUUUCUGAAAAACAUGCCCCUCCCGGCCUCAUCAUUUUAAGCAAUUUUCCUCUUUGUUUUACUCAUUUGCAUGGACUUUUAUUAUGUACCCACACCCACUUCAUUGAUUCAACCAAAUAUGCCAAGAGACCCAUAAUCUGAAUCACACAUUUUCGAUUCUAAAGAUUGUUUUCAGUUUUAAACUUCUUUGAAAUUAAGAGUCCGUUUGGCUCGCCGGAAAGUGUAGUUUGA